AGAAGUUAAGAAUGUCGGUGGGAAAACGAAGCGUAACUGGCUAGUGGCUACGAACUUAAGAACGUGGCGGUUGAAUCAUCAACGGCAAGCCUUCAAAUUUUAGUUGCAGAGAAAGGCUGAAAUCGAUGGCGGUGAAGGAAGAGAGGAAGCCGUCAGUGGAGAUCAGCAAGUUGAAAUUUACCUAUCCGGGAAUCGACGGUCAUCCGCCGCCUGGAUCCACUCCACUCAUCGAUGAUUUCUCACUAACUCUAUUUCCCGGCGACCGCUAUCUUCUCGUCGGAUCUAAUGGCGCAGGGAAGACGACUAUUCUCAAGAUUUUGGGAGGGAAGCAUAUGGUGGAACCAGAUAUGGUUAGAGUGUUAGGACGCUCAGCAUUUCAUGACACGGCUUUGACGGCUUCGGGCGACCUCUGCUACCUUGGGGGAGAGUGGAGGAGAGAAGUUGCUUUUGCUGGGUUUGAGGUGCCUAUUCAAAUGGAUGUCUCUGCUCAGAAAAUGAUAUUUGGGGUUGCAGGUGUCGAUCCCCAAAGACGAGAUGAAUUAAUUAAGGUAUUGGGUAUUGAUCUGUCUUGGAGACUGCACAAAGCGUCUGAUGGUCAAAGGAGGAGGGUACAAAUUUGUAUGGGUCUUUUGAAACCAUUCACGGUCCUCCUCCUUGAUGAGAUUACUGUUGACCUAGAUGUGCUUGCAAGGGCGGACCUUUUAAGAUUUCUGAAGAAAGAAUGUGAAGACCGAGGAGCAACAAUAAUUUAUGCCACACACAUCUUUGACGGUCUUGAAGAUUGGCCUUCUCAUAUUGUUUAUGUGGCACAUGGAAGGUUGCAACUAGCUAUGCCAAUGGACAAGGUUAAGGAGAUAAGCAACCUUUCACUAAUGAGAACAGUAGAAAGUUGGCUGAGGAAAGAAAGGGACGAGGAAAGGAAACAGAGGAAAGAGAGGAAGGCAAAGGGGCUCCCGGAGUAUGAAAAACAAAUUGAAGGCAGUCGUGUGGUCGGGGAUCCAGCUCACGCUGCUGUUCGUGUAUUAAACAAUGGUUGGGCUGGUGGAAGGCUAAAUUCUACCAUUGCCGGUGAGGAAAAUUUUGUCCUUAGCUCAAACCGUGUCUUGAGGUAGUAGCUGAAUCGAUUUCAAAUCCAUUUUUCAUUACUGUCUGGUUGCAUUAUACUUUGUCCAUUGGUUGUAAUAACAGAAAGGUUGAAUUAAUUUUUGAGCAAUUUAUGCCAUUUGGUUACAGUUUAAAAAUACAAUUAGCAUCUCACAUAUUUGGUGUUACUGUAAGCCAGGACAUAUAUACAGCUUUGUUAGCUAUGAACAUGGCAAGUUUUUGCCUAUUGAAGAAAAGAGUUAACAACGCUUUUCUUUGUGUUUCA